UCCAACAAGUAACUGCCUCGCCAGUUUUAUGUCGUUAGCAAGGGGGCAAUCAAACUGACAACUGGUUUUCUAGAUACAUUGUGCUAAGUUGCAGUUUAUAGCUCCAGGUCGCCCCCCAUGGGCAUGAUAUGGGCGAUCACUUCGCCACGAAUGGCUUUCACGGUGGGCACCGACGCCAGUUCCAUAGCCAGCACGGCAGUGGCUUGGGGGAUAUGCACCUUGGAAUCAAUCCAAAAGUACUGAGCUUCGCCAAUGAACUCGUCCGGGUGAAGGGCCAACAGGUCCUUCACUGGCUGCUGCUGCGCCGCAGAGAACGCUUGGAGGUUUUGCAUGUACUGCGUGCGAUCGCCCGGGACGGCGUCGACUUCGGUCGUGGAUCGCUCAAAUUCCACCAUGAGGUUGACGUGAUCUUGCGUAGAAAAGGCUUGUUGCAACUCGGGGGCAAUCUUGGAGCUCAUGGUCGACGGAGCGGGGCAGUCGUUCGUGGUGGCGGCGCAAAUGACGAAGUGCACGAACGCGACGACGGCUAACUGAGACGCCCACAUUCGCUUUGUGUUGACACGAAGCA